AUGGAUAUCCGAAUCCAUGCAUCUGCUGCUCCAUUUUCCACCAAAAAUAUGAGCAUUCAGGAUACUCGCCGCUCUGUCACGUAUCAUCCUAACAUUUGGGGAGAUUAUUUCCUUGCGUAUAGUUCUAAUGAUAUAUUGGCCCACGAAGAGCAAGAACGUCAAAGAUUAAAAGAAGAAGUGAAAAAGUUGCUAGUGGCUGCCCCAGAUGGUUCAUUGUAUAAACUAGACCUCAUCGAUGCAAUCCAACGUCUUGGAGUUGGUUACCAUUUUGAAAAAGAAAUUGAAAACUCUUUAAAAUACAUCUAUGAAACUUAUCAUGAAAGUCACAAUAAACAAAACAAUGAUCUUCGUACCGUUGCUCUACGAUUUCGAUUACUCAGACAACAAGGAUAUUAUGUCUCAUGCGACGUGUUCAACAAAUUCAAGAACAGCCAAGGAAAUUUUGAGAAUUCUUUGAUUAGCGAUGUAACAGGGCUGUUAAGCUUGUACGAGGCUGCACAAUUUGGAGUACACGGGGAGGAAAUUCUAGAAGAAGCAUUGAGGUUUUCUGCUACUCACCUCGGGUCCUCGAUCCACCAGGCGAGCAAUUCUCUCUACAGCCAAGUUAGCGAUGCCUUGGAUAUGCCAAUUCAUAAAACUUUGACAAGGCUCGGAGUAAAGAAAUUCUUAUCCAUUUACCAAAAAUCAGGUGAAGAAAUGCUCCUGAAUUUUGCCAGAUUAGACUUCAACAUAGUGCAGAAGAUCCACCAGAAGGAGCUAAGUGACAUUACAAGGUGGUGGAAGGCUUUAGAGUUUGGGAAAAAAUUGCCUUUUGCAAGAGAUAGGCCAGUGGAAUGCUACUUUUGGGCACUAUCUGUCUACUUUGAGCCGCAAUACUCUCUUGCGAGGAAAAUUCUAACUAAAGUAAUCGCCCUGACUUCUACUAUUGAUGACAUCUAUGAUGUUUAUGGGACCCGAGACGAGCUUAAACUUUUCACAGAUGCAAUUGAAAGGUGGGAUAUUAGUGCCAUGGAUCAGUUACCAUCGUACAUGAAAUAUUGUUAUGAAUCUCUUUUAGAUGUUUAUCUCGAAGCUGAGAGAGAGUUAGGAGAGAUAGGAAAAUCGUAUCGUGUUCAGUACGCGAUUGAUGAGAUGAAAAAACUAGUCCGUGCAUAUUUCGAAGAGGCAAAAUGGACAUACAAUGGAUAUGCUCCAACACUAGAAGAGUAUAUGAAAGUCGCACUAGUAUCUGGUGCUUACAUGAUGCUAUCUACAACAUCUUUGGUAGGCAUGGGAGAACUGGUAACUAAGGAAGCCUUUGAUUGGAUUUCAAGUGAACCAUUAUCAGUUCGUGCUUCAUCAAUAAUUUGUAGACUAAUGGACGAUAUGGUCGGACAUGGGUUUGAGCAAAAAAUAACGGCAGUUGAAUGUUAUAUAAAAGAGAAAGGGGCUUCAAAAGAAGAAGCAUUUGCUGUAUUUCAAACACAAGUCAUGAAUGCGUGGAAGGAUAUAAACCAAGAAUGCCUUCACUCAACUGCAGUACCAAUGGCUGUUCUCGUACGAAUAGUCAAUCUUGCACGUUUCAUAAAUCUUCUAUAUAAAGACAGUGAUGCAUACACAAAUUCUAAAACAAAGUCAAAAGAUUUCAUAACAUCAAUACUCAUACAACCAGUGAUAAUAUCCAAAUGA